UUGGCGCAUGUGAUGUCAUCACUGAUGUCAUCGUUCAUCAAAUCUUUAAGAAAAUCACAGAAAGAGCUAAAAACUAGUAACCGCCGAGAGAACGCAGCUGCAGACAACCAGCCUCUUCCUCCUUCCAAGCUGCGUGGGAAAGAGACACAUGUACCCAAGGACGCAGCCUUGACUACAUCUAUUAAUGUGACGGAGAUCAGACAAGGAGGUCAGAUCUCCACACUCCAGAUUUACAAACCCAACCAAAAAAACGAGAUCAUCCAACCGGCCAUGAGGUCCGCCGCGGUCACCUAUCUACUGAUGUGUCUCAUCUUUCCUGGCUCCGCCCAGGUUGAAGUUCACCAGUACAAGCAAGUCUCUGUGUCUGAGGGCAGCACGGCGGAGCUGGCAUGUCAUGUGGAUGGCGGUAAUAUUCAGGAUUUCAGUGUUCAAUGGUACAAACAAGUGGUGAAUGCCGCCCCCCAGUUUAUUCUCAUCCACACAAAUGACUCCGGCAUUCGGUGGUCCGAUGCCUCUCCGGGACGUUACCAGCCAAGCAGGAACAGCAGCCGCACUCAUCUCCUGCACGUCACAAAUGUUACUGCGCAGGACAGUGCCCUCUACUGGUGUCUGCUGGCAAGGAAUGACUCCAGUCCAAUCUGGGCGGAUGGAACACUGCUCAGUGUGUAUGGGGGUAAAGACGUUCAGGCCCCGACUGUGUCUCUCUUGAGUAGUGAAUACUCUGUGGAUGACUCUGGGCCCCUCUAUGUUGCCUGUUUGGCCAAUGGCUUUUAUCCUUCAGUGAUAGAAAUCACCUGGAAGUUGGAAGAUGAAUCUUUCAAAGGAAACCUUAUUUCAGGACCCUUUUUAGAAGAAGGAAGCAACGUCUACAGUAUAAUAAGUAUCCUUGAGGUCACAUCACAAGGAAUUACAAAUCUCACAUCAGUUUAUUGUGAAGUGCGUCACGAUUCCUCAAGGACUCUCAUCCACAAAGAUCUACAUGACUGUUUCAGGGACACAUAGAAUCUGGUCAUAGUGAUUCGUUCUUGAAAAUCGACUUACAUGUGAAUAACAUAAGUCUGAAAAUCACUACUGGGUAUACAAGCUUGUAAGAAAGGACAAAUGUGCAUUUUGGGUACCGCAAUGGGAGCAACCAUUACCCCUGACAAUAACUAAAGUAUCCUUACAGCUAAUGGUUUAUUUACAUCAAUCAUAUGAAUGAAUAUAUUAUAUUCUGCAACUUAUUUCAGGCUUGGGACAAGUUAAAUGCAGUUUUAUUUAUCAGGAUGAGUCUCCAAUGGUUACUUAUUAAGUGGAAUAUACUAGUUUUUGACACAAAUUGUGGAACUUAAUUGUGUGUUUAAUAGCUUGUAACCAGAGGCGUAACUUAGAAUACCAGUCAUAUAAAAAAACAACAAUGUUAUAUGUUACUCAGUACCUAAUCCUGAUCAUGUACAUAUGCUUUUUAUGUGUCUAGAAUGUCUUUCUCUCACAAAUACCUUCUAUCUGUUGCUCACUUGGUUUGUCAUUCUGUGAUCUGGAGGGGACGUGUCCUCACUCUGCAGGACUCAUCUUUCUCCCUGAAUCUGCUGUGCUGGGUCUCCUCAUCCAAUCACUGCAGGCUGCUCUGUAACCCCCUCCUCUCUGUUUUCAUGCUACAGUCUGAAAGAACAGGAUUGAGCACAGAGGAGUGCUAGUCCCCCUCUCUUUUCCUGGACUUCGUUCCAGCCUGUUUUUUAGCUGUGACAAAGAUGGUGCUACUGAUCUUUCUUUAAGCUAUGAUUUCUAUACAAAAUAAAUUUUCUUAUUAAGUAUAUUAGAAAGGUUAAUGUUUUGUCAAUGUUUUGGAAUUGGACAGUGCCCUAUUAAAGGGGUACUCCUCAAUGCAAGUCUAUGGGAGGCUGUCACGCCCCCUCUCAUAGACUUGCAUUGAGGGGGCAGGGCAUGACGUCAUGAGGGGGCAGGGCUAUGACGUCAUGAGCUCCCGGCGCCAGCUUCAGCAUUCGGAACAGUUUGUUCCAAACGCUGAGCAGAGGAGUACCCCUUUAAGGCUAUUGGACCUCAAUUGCCACAUGCCAUUUAUAAGACAAAAGUUUUGUAAUGUUGCAGAGGGGUCUUUCAAUUCUGAAAUUAAUUUCAAUUAUGCUGCAAGAUGGAGCAAAUAUUUCAUAUUCUCAUUAUUCUGGUUGGAGGAUUCUGCUGAACACAUUGCAGACCCAUGUUGUAUGAUACACAUUCUUUAAGG